AGAAAAUGAGCAACAACAAUUAACAAAUAGCGCGCGUCGAGUGUGUGUUCCAUUUCAGUUUAUUUGUUCAGUUCCGUUCAUUAUUUAAUCGCAUACGCGUUUCACAUUACUUGUUCUUUGUGUCUAGCGGAAUCAUUAAAAAAAGGAGUGCAAGAGAGGAAAACUUCGUUUCCAAAGUUUUUUUUUUGUGGGUGUGGGUGUGGAGCUGGAGAGGCGAAGGUGGAAGUGGAUGAGGAGCGAAAGAAGGAAAGAGAAUCGCAUUUGAAAAUUGUGAGCGCGUGCUGCGUCGCCCAAAUCGAUAUCGAUGGUACGCACUAAAAACCAAUCAUCCUCGUCCAGCGCCAGCAGCAGCACCAAAUCGCCCGUCAAGAUCAGUGGAGGCACCACCAAUCGCAGUCGCAGCUGCAGCGAUGCACUAAUCGAUGACGGCAAUAGCAAAUCCAGUUCAAAACCCACGUCCAAUAAUCGUCAACGCACAACGACAAACAAUAAUACAACAGCAAUAACAACAACGCCGGGCAGUUCACCGGAUAACGACGACGAUGACACCACCACCACCGAUGCGGAUCUGACGCCGACCAGUGGAAACGCACCAAGAGGCGGCAACUCGUCGGUGCACAAGCAAAAUCUUUACGUUGUUUCAUUUCCCAUUAUAUUUCUGUUCAACGUAUUGCGCUCUCUGAUUUAUCAGCUGUUUUGCAUUUUUCGCUACUUGUACGGCGCGAGCACAAAGGUGAUCUAUCGCAGUCCCAAUCGUCGCGACUGCAACAUCGAAAUUGUCGUCCAAAACUCCAAGGAGCAACAGCAGCAGCACCAGCAUCAGCAGGCAAUCAUACAUUGUCCAUUGGAGCGCAGAGGCAACAUUUCGGGCAUUGAGCAGACAUUGGCACAAGCACUGCCCCAGCGACAACGCGCAAUUCAACCGCUUGAAAUGGCUGGCAAUCGUGCGGGUGGUAAUUAUUCACCCGGUCCGGGUGAUCCACUUCUGGCCAAACAGAAGCAUCAUCAUCGUCGUGCCUUCGAGUACAUUUCCAAGGCGCUCAAAAUUGAUGAGGAGAAUGAAGGCCACAAGGAGCUGGCCAUUGAACUGUAUCGCAAGGGAAUCAAGGAGCUGGAGGAUGGCAUUGCCGUUGACUGCUGGAGUGGACGGGGCGAUGUCUGGGACCGUGCCCAGCGACUGCAUGACAAAAUGCAGACCAAUCUCUCCAUGGCCAGGGAUCGUCUGCACUUUCUCGCUUUGCGUGAGGAAGAUUUGCAACUGCAACGCUUGUCCCUCAAGGAGCAGCAACAGAAAAAGAAGUCGCCGCAGCAGCAACCACAGCAGCAGCAGCAACAUACAUUCAAGCAACCCAUGUUGGUGGGUCAAACGAAUAGUAGUGGAGGUAGUGGUUCCACAAAAGUACCGUUACGCAGCAGCGGCUAUGGACUGAAGCCAAGCGCCACAAACAUAUCCAGAGCCAUGCCAGCGGCCUCUGGCCGUAAGCUGACCAUUGGCAACAAGCGUCCCGGCAAUCUGCCCGUUGUUAACAAGUCACAAACGCUGCCGCGCAAUCUGGGCUCAAAGACAAGCUCCACAUCCGUUGGCGCCGCCUUGCAACGCCAGCCAGGCAAAACAGCAGCGACUCCGCCGGCGGUGCGACGUCAAUUUUCAUCUGGACGCAAUACGCCGCCUCAGCGUUCGCGGACGCCGAUUAACAACAAUGCUGCCGGUGGCAGUGGCAGCGGCGCCAGCACGCCCAUGGUCAGUGUGAAGGGUGUGGAACAGAAGCUGGUACAGCUCAUACUCGAUGAGAUCGUUGAGGGCGGCGCCAAGGUCGAGUGGACAGACAUUGCUGGCCAGGAUGUGGCCAAGCAGGCGCUGCAGGAGAUGGUCAUUUUGCCGUCCGUGCGUCCCGAGCUCUUUACGGGGCUGCGUGCACCAGCCAAGGGCCUGCUGCUCUUUGGUCCGCCCGGCAAUGGGAAAACGCUGUUGGCCCGCGCCGUUGCCACCGAAUGCAGUGCCACAUUCCUAAACAUCUCGGCCGCCUCGCUGACCAGCAAGUAUGUGGGCGAUGGCGAGAAACUGGUGCGUGCUCUUUUCGCCGUGGCACGCCACAUGCAGCCAUCGAUCAUCUUUAUUGAUGAGGUCGAUUCGCUGCUCUCGGAGCGCAGCAGCAAUGAACAUGAGGCGUCGCGUCGCCUUAAAACCGAAUUCCUGGUCGAAUUCGAUGGGCUACCGGGCAAUCCGGAUGGGGAUCGCAUUGUUGUGCUGGCAGCCACCAAUAGGCCGCAAGAGCUGGACGAGGCUGCGUUGCGUCGUUUCACCAAGCGCGUCUAUGUUUCACUGCCGGACGUACAAACACGCGAGCUGCUGCUGAAUCGUCUGCUGCAGAAACAGGGCAGUCCGCUGGAUUCGGAUGCCCUGGGUCGCUUGGCCAAAAUCACCGAGGGCUAUUCGGGCUCCGAUUUGACAGCGCUGGCCAAGGAUGCCGCCCUGGAGCCGAUACGUGAGCUGAAUGUGGAGCAGGUAAAGUGUCUGGACAUCAGCGCUAUGCGUCAAAUUACCGAGAAGGAUUUCCACAAUUCCCUGAAGCGCAUUCGCCGUUCGGUGGCGCCGCAAAGUCUCAAUUCGUACGAGAAAUGGUCACAGGAUUAUGGCGACAUCACCAUUUAGUUUGAUAGCGUUUUUUUCGCCACAAUCCCCCCCAAACUUUAGUUUCUAUAUAUAUAUAUAUAUAUAUAUAUGAAUACAUAUUUUUCGUUGUCAACACCACCCACCCAAGCCACCACAAAUGCAGCUGAUUGGUUUUGUGCCCAGUCCAAGGCAAAAUCCAAGGCUAAGCACAAUCUAGGCCCGAAUCUAGGCCAAACAAGGCCCACUUGUCCAAGUCGACGCAACCGUAUGUGAUGUGAGUUAUGGAAUUUACUUUUUGUCGUUCGUGCUGUUAUUGCAGUUGCGACAUGCAACUUGCAACUUGCCACUGCAUUAGUUUUUUCAUCAUUGACUCUUAUUUUUAAUAAAUUUAUAGAGCGUUCAUUAAGCGUUUAGCUUUUAUCUUCUUAGUAGAUUUAAUUGUUUCACAAGUUUUGUUAUGAAUAUUGAAUUUAAGUUCAUUUGUAUUUGUAUUUUUUCUCCCAGUGUGUUAGGAUCUAUCUAUAAGAUUAACAUUGUUUGAAAAGCUUCGUUCUAUGUAUUUUUAGUGCUAUAUUUGAAGAGUACAUUAUUGUAGCUCAUACGAAACAUUUAGAAAUAUUUAAGCAAAAUUGUGUUAAACAUAUUACUGGAAAUUAUACUCAUUUAUUAUGUCUGUAUUUUAUUUAAGAACAGUUCAUUCAAUGUUUUUUUUUUUUGGAAAAUGUAAUGUGUUUCUCUCUUUUCCAUCGUGUUAAUAAACUAUUUGUAAACAUUCCAUGUACUUAGCUAAACAUCGUUUAAAGGGCUUAAGCAUUAUUUCGUGGCAUUCAUAAAUUGUUUGCAAAAUACUACUUCCAUAGCUGUACUACUUCCAAUUGAAUAUAAAACAUUAUUAUAUUACUAUUAUUAAAUUGAAGGCGAUUCAGUUGUACAGUUUAUGCCAUAAACAACCACAACCAUAGUCAUAUAACAAAUUGUUUUAGUGUGAACACAUCACAUCAGCCCAAAAACUAAAUAAAUAAAUAAUUACACCUAAUCGUAGAUAUAAGCAUAGCCCUAAGAUAAAAACUGCGCCACGUUGAAUAAAUUAGACACAUUUCACGAGUA